UUUUCCAUCGCCUUGACGUCAAUUUUUCGUCGAAGCGUCGCGUUCCCACAUUUCGCUCGUGACAAAGCACAAUAUCAGUGUUUCUUCAUUAAUAAAGCAAUAAGAUAACUAGUGACAGUGACAGCCCGAAGGUCCACAAGCAGUUUCUCCACAGAAACGUGAGUUUCCUGAAUAUACUGAGGCAGAGUUCUGAUGUCCGUCCAUGUGACUUGGGAGAGGAUAGUUGGGUAAUCAGUCUCGAGUGAAGACACGAGAAUAAACCGACUUCGGUCCUAAAUCUCCCGCUCGAGGGGCGAAAAAUGCAGGGACAAGAUGGAGAAGGUGGAGACGGAGGCUCACCCUGGAACAAUUCAAGUGGAUGCGAUGAGGAGCGAAGACCAAACGCCAAAGAGGGUAAAAAGUCAAACGUUUUGCCUCUCUGGGGCAACGAGAGGACCAUGAACUUGAAUCCCCUCAUUCUGACAAAUAUCCUGUCAUCUCAUUACUUCAAAGUUAAUCUCUACGAGUUGAAGACUUAUCACGAGGUCAUUGACGAGAUCUACUACAAAGUUGCUCACCUGGAGCCCUGGGAGAAGGGCAGCAGGAAGACAGCUGGACAGACUGGAAUGUGUGGAGGCCGGUUCAUGCAGGUACGGGGUGUUGGAGCUGGUGGCAUUGUUUCAACGGCUUAUUGUCUACUCUACAAGUUAUUUACGUUGAGAUUAACUAGGAAACAACUUAAUGGACUCAUUAAUCAUCCUGAUUCACCUUAUAUUCGUGCACUUGGGUUUAUGUACAUUAGAUACACACAACCACCAGCUGAUUUAUUCAUGUGGUACGACGAUUACCUCGAGGACGACGAGGAGAUGGAUGUGAAAGCAGGUGGAGGUCAGGUAAUGAAGAUGGGUGACAUCCUGAAACAGUUCCUGACCAAGUUGGAGUGGUUCUCAACCCUUUUCCCACGUAUACCAGUGCCUAUACAGAAAGACCUAGAGCAUCGUCUGGGCGAGAGGUUUCCCCAGCAGACGGCGAAUGCACGCAAUGCCAAGCCACCGAUAACGCUGAAUAACCAUGGGAAGUACAACAAUAGUAAUAGUGGAAGGAAGGACAAUGGGAAUGCAAUGGCCAGGGGGAACAGACACGUGCAGGAGGAGGCUCAGUGGGGGGAGGAACAAACGAGCCAGUGGCGAGCCAGGUCUGAUGAGGAUCGAAGGGACAAGUACAGGGACAGAAGUGACAGAGAGCGCAGGAGAUCACGAGAACGUGAGAGGUCGAGGGAUCGGGGGAGGAUGGACGACAGAAAACGUGAUCGACACUCGAGACGAUCGAGUCGAGAUCGAAGCCGUGACAGGAGUAGGAGGAACAGGAGUCGCAGUAGGGAUAAAUUCGUGGGGGAGAAGAGCAAGGAGCGUCAUCGUGAUAGGGAUAGGCACAGGGACAGGAGAGGUUCACCAAUCGACUACGCAGCAGAGCUAGCGAGGGAACGAGACCGUCAACGCAGAGACUAGAACAACCCUUAAUUACUACUGAAUGUACAAUUAUUGACGUAAAUAAGAUAAAUGUUCGUACAACUGUAGCCCUCGAAGGUAAAACGAAUAUUUCAGAAGUCAAGAGACACGAGGAGGAUGGAGAGGAACUAUAUCAAUUGAGAACCGAGCCACUGCGACUGCAUUCUACGAAAAACAAUUUUUUUGGAAACUCCAAAUGGGUCAGGAGUAUUUAGCCUAAAGUUUAAAUAAAUAGUUCAAUAUUAUUCAUCAUGUAGUUUACAUGUUUUUUAUAAAAUAAAGUGGAUGACUGUAUGA